AGUCCAUUAUUUAAUCCAGUGACUAGCUAAAGAACUAGUCUAUAAACGAAUUUAUUAGUUAGUCUAUGGAUUAAUACAGUCCAGUAUAUUGCCUACUCUACAGAUUGAUCUAUGGACAAGUCUGUGAACUAGUAUAUAGUCUAGCCUUUAGAUUAUUCGGUGUAUUAGUCGAUUGACUAAUGUAAUAACUUAUAAAUAUGUACUUAGUUUAUUAACUAAUCUGUGGAGUAGUAUAUUGAUAAAAAGUUAGUAUAUUGAUAAGUCUAUUAACUAAUCUAUAAUGGUAUAUUCAUUACUCUAGUCUAAAUAAAAUUUUCCUGACUAACUAGUUUAGGAUGCAUUAGUUCUAUAUUAAAAACUAUGACUAUUGACUAGUUUAUAUUUUUGGAACUAGUGUAUUUAUUAUUCUAUGAUCUACUUACAAAAAAUUACAAUAGUAUUGAAUUUUCCAUCCCUGAUUUCUUACUUCUCUCGCAGUUUUUCUUUACAGAUUUCCUCUAUAUUUAUCAUCUCAUAGGGUAAAUUUGGAAGACACCAUAUGGAUUCUGUAAAUAAUCAAAAAUACACUUUAGUGACUAUAGACAGAAAAAAGUCUUAGAAAUUAGUAGCAAACAGUAUUUAUUAGAUUAAACAUUGAACAAUGAAGAAAAUAUAUAUUUUUAUCUGUACAUAUUUACUGCCAAUGUAGUUAAAAAACUAUUGUUUAAAUAAUGCUUUAAUACAAUUCAAUAUAUAAAUAAGAAAAAAAUACAACUAAAAAUGUCUACAACUUGUGAAUUUCAACUGAAUAAUUCCAAUGCAGUUUAUUAUAGUGGGGAUACGGUUAGCGGUACGAUCGUUUUGAAAACUAUUUCUCCCGUAGUUGUAAAAGAUAUAUGUAUAAUUUUUCGUGGUGAGGGUAAGGUAAAUUGGAGUGAAACAGAAAGAAGAAGAAUAUCAAAUGGUACAUACGGAAAUCAUACGGUUUAUUUCAAAUCAAAUGAGCUAUAUGUGAACAAUACUACAACUGUGCAUGGACAAGGAACCCUGCCUGCAGGAAUUAAUACAUAUACAUUUCACAUACUUCUACCGCUGCAAUGUCCCACCUCGUACGAAGGACGCUGGGGUCAUAUACGCUACGAACUUAAACUAAAACUUAAUAGACCUUCAGAUAACGAUAUUGAUUUUAGUAUACCUUUAAGUAUAAUUAAAAGAAUAGAUUUAAAUUUAAAUCCUGCUAUUAGGAUUCCCAUGGAAUGUGAAGAUAUUUUCAGUCCCUGUUUUUUGUCUUGUUCUAGUGGUAGUAUUAAUACCACUCUAACCGUUCCGUUUAGUGGCUAUGCCAUCGGUCAAACUGUUCAAUAUUCUCUCUAUAUUAAAAAUCAAACAAUGGACGAUAUUUAUGGUUAUACCUUAGAAUUUAUACGCGAUAUAACAUAUACAGUCCGUACGCCUCAUUACAAAACACGACAAGAUAAACGUAUUCUAACAACAAAAUCAUAUAGUGAUCAAUGUUUACGUUUAAGUACACGUUUGUUUGAGGGCAAUUUUAAUAUAGGUUCUACACCGCCCACCACCGAAAAUAAUAGUAUUAUAAGUGUACAAUAUACAUUAAAAAUUGAUUUAAAUAUUGAUAAUUGUUCGAGUGAUAAUAUCAUAACUGUGCCAAUAUUUAUUGGCACCAUACCACUAAGAGAGACACCAAUAGAUGUUAUUGUAAAUGAUCCCAUUAUAGGUGUGGCAUCGCAGAAUGUUCGAAGAGGCAAUGAUUUACCUCCAAGUUAUCAGGAGUUAGGUCCGCCCACAUUUGAAGAAGCCAUACGCUGCAACUCACCCUUUAUAGAUAUUAAUAGAAGUGAUCAUAAUCGUCAUGUUGACUUUAGGCCAUUGUAUCCCAUGUAUUCUCAAUCUGAUAACUAAGUUACCUCAUAUUACUUAAUAUAUUUGAAUAUUAUCAGGUCUGUCACAUAAUUCCAUUCCGAUCGAAAAAAAAGCAAUUCUUUCGGAAUGAAAUCACUUAUAGCAUAUAAUGUGGAAUUGGAAUUUGUCUGUAUUUAACGUUUUUAUCUUAAAGUUUUAACAAUAUGAACGUUUAUUAAGCUAUGUAUACAGGGUUGUUAGAUCAACGUUGCAACAACGUUGCCAGUAAAAUAUGCAGAAAAUGUCUAACAACAGUGUCAACUUGCAUGUUUUGUCUUGCAACAUUGUCAGUAAUGUUAAUUUUGAGUUCACACGAUUGUUAGACAUUUUAUGCACAUUUUACUGACAACGUUGUAAGAUCUGACAACCGUGUAUCACAGUUUUUAGAAACAUGAAAAAUGUUGUGAUAAGCUAAACAGAAUUGAUAUUUAUACCCUACACCACUAUAGUUUGGAGGGUAUUAUGCGUUUGUGCUGAUGUUUGUAACACCCAAAAAAAAAAAUUAUCAUACACCUACCUUAAAGUAUACCAAUCAGAAUCACUUUCUGAGUCUGUCUGUCCGUCCGUCCGUCUGUCUGUGUGUCCAUGUAAAGCUUGUGGGCACGCUACACGUCGCAAUUUUUAAGAUAAUUUGAUGAAAUUCGGCACGUACACUUCUUUUGGUCCAAGGAGGAAUGGUUGAAAUCGGUCCAUUAUUUCACCUAGCGCCCAUAACACCCGAUCCCUCGAAUAGGGCCUUUGAGCUCAUAAUUAUGUUAAAUGUUCUACUAUUUCAAUAAAAAUUGGCAAAAGUUAGGUUUACAUAAGUCUAAAUGAUACUGCCGAUUUUCGCAAUGAUCGGGCCUCAUUUGACCCUAGCCCCUUCAGAAAAUGACUUCAAUGUUCACAAUUCACUUAUAAACACUAGCUUAAAUCUAUCCACCAAAUUGUAUGGCUUCUCUCAGUAAAUCAGUAAUUCUUCAAUAAAUUUGGAACCAAGGAUAAUUUCAACAUAAAUUCUUUAUCAUUGAAAUUUAAUAUUCGUAAUUGGUGUAGGAUAUCAUAUGGUCGGCAACGCCCGACUAUAGUUUCUUACUUGUUUUUGUUUGUAAAGUUUCUUUUUUAUUUUGAAUAAAAAUAUAUAAAACCAAAAGUUUCUAAAUUUUUGGAGUUUAAAAAAUCUUAUAUGUAACAGAGCAGUAAUCUUUUAUACUGAUGUUGUCCCAUUGGCAAAGAUCUAGGUUAUUAAAUCUUGGUCGAAUAAUUGAAAAAUUUACUGUUAUUUGGUGUGCUGAUUCCGAAUAUGGAAAUAAAAAAGUAGUCCUUCCUACUGGAGUCCCAAAUAUAAAGUUGCGAAUAGUGGCCGGCUCCGUCUCCGUUUUGAAAAACAGUCUUUAUUCUUAACUGUUAUGCAUAUUUUAUAUUAAUCUUUUUCAGAAUAUACCAUUUAAGAUAAUAUUAAACAUACGUCUGAAGGUUCAGUAAAAUCGAAUAAUAUUAAACUCAUAAACUGUGAAGGUCAAAGUAAAGCUAUGCAAUAUUGGGAAAUUCUCCUGAAACCAAUAUUAUUUAGUUUUGAACCGAUUUAAAUGAAACUUAAUACAAAUAUAUGUAUAAUGAAAUCCGGUAUUUAUGAUGUCAUCGACAAAAUUUUAAUUAACCCUUAACUCAUGUCGAAUUUAAUUUGAAUAUCGCUAUUAAUUAAUGAAAUUAAAUAAUGUCUGAGCCAUAACCUGUUAUGGACCGAUGAAAUAUGUUCAAGUUUAUUUUUACCCUAAUAUCUUAAUUUAUUAGUGAAAUAUAUACGUUCACGUGAUUUUCGGAAGUGGACCUUACAAUUACUUUUACAAUUUAUAAAAUAUCUUAAAAUAAUAUAUUUACAUGAGUUUUAACAAAAAGUACCCUAUAGCUGGAGCGUAUUUAAGAUUCGUCAAAGCCAAUUACAGCACUUUUCUUAAAAUGUCUUAUAUGUUAUUACUCAAAUGAAUUAUUUAUAUAUACAAAAUAUUUGUAUGUACUUGCCUAUGGGAGAGACUAUAACUGUUGCCACAUCUUACAAAUUUAAAUGAGAAAAUAACAUACUAAUUAAACAUAUACUAACUUCAUAUUUUUAUUAUAAAACUAAAUGAAUUUGUUAAAAUUAUGAUAUUUGGCGUAAUUUUUAAUUAUUAUAAAAAAAUUACUUAAAAUAAAAUUUAAUCAAUAGUUAUUGUUUAUUGAGAUUAACUCUGUUUUUAUCAA